AUGCUUGCGGUCCCCUCCUCGUCAAGCUCGCAGGCCCUAAGCCUUGCCUGGCCACCCAGGAAAGUUUGUCAGGGGGCUACAAUCUGCCUACAAUUCUACAGUGGCAGCAGCAAUAGCCUGCCACGAGACAACACUGGUAGACAUGCGCAUCAAUCAACAACCACACCACGUCAUGCGCUGCCGGACACGUUCUCGAAUCCAGCUGGCACCCUCUUAGGCGGCGUCGAUGGACUGGCGGCAGCAGUGCGCAAGACCCCGUGGCGCCUGAGCCGUGAUCAUCGCGAGGCUCUGCAAGAUCGGCUGAAGCUAUCGAAAGAGAAGCUGCUCGAGUCUUUGACGACACAUCUUGGAGGCAGCUGCCCCGUCGCUGUGGGGCUCAUGCGCAGCGGCGACGUUCUCCUAGGUCCUGCCCUAGACCUGGCCCAGCAUCGCCUGAGCGCGACACAGGUUCUCGUUGCCAAUGCUCUUCUUUGUGGCGAUGCCUUUGAGGCCAUUGGCUGCCGCGAGCGUCCCAGAGGCGGUUCUGUGGACCUGCUACGGCAGCUGGAGAACUUCCCAGAGGUGAAGUGGUUCGGUGGUGAAGAAGCCCCGGGCUCCUUCGAGGGCCUCUUUGCCCAGCGCUGCGCUGCAGAUGCGCGGCUCGUGGAUGUCAUUGGAGCAG